AUGGCUACUUGGUUUCAACCCCUGAUCUCCACUGGCUGGCACCAAGAAUCCUACCCUGCCCUUCGAGAUUUCUCCGUCGUACCCUUCUUCGCUCUCUUCUUCCCCUCCCUUCGCUUCCUCCUUGACACCUUCCUUUUCGAGAAACUGGCUAGACGAUUGAUUUUUGGAAAGCUCCACAAGAUGAUGGAUCUUCAAACGUAUGAGAAGAAAAAGAAGAUUAGGAAAUUUAAGGAAUCAGCAUGGAAGCUCGUUUAUUUUCUAUCUGCAGAAAUUUUUGCUUUGGCGGUAACAUAUGACGAGCCUUGGUUUACUGAUACAAGAUAUUUUUGGGAGGGACCAGGGAGUCAGAUUUGGCCAGAUCAAAAGAUUAAGUAA